UUUAGACUGUUGUUCUCUCUAAAGCUGAGCGAAUUGCUGAGAGCGGGCUUCGCUUUCCCACCCUCUCCGAAACUCUCACCAACCAUCUGCCUCCAACUCCGCCUACCCUAACCGGGAGAGGAGGUGAACGUCGUCGCGUUUGAACCGGCAUGCAAAUCGUACUUGUACUUGCUGUCACAAUCAGCAUUACACAUGCCUACUUUGGAUGGAGCAGUUCGAAGGAUUACAAUUUUGUGGAUGAGCGACCUUCGACAUCAGUUCCAUCAGCAUCAAAUCUUGCCUGCUUUUUCUGUUCACAACUGCUCUCAGUGACGAAACAUCGAGUUGGACUGAGCCAAAAUCAGUUGAGAGCCGUUUUACACGACAAAUGUCGAGUGUUGCCGAUCGUCUUGAAGGACCAAUGUUUCACAUUUGUGGAAACGUCCUUGCCAGAGAUCUAUUUCUCACUAAACUAUGACUUCUCGACUAAGGACAUCUGCAUCAGGCUGAAUUUAUGUGAGGAACACAACCCAUUCAAAACUGUUGCACCGAUCUCAUCGACAACGACCACAACGAACUCGAAUGCAUCCGGGAAUGAAACCACUGAUUCUACGACAGAGAAAACUGCUACUACACGGCACAAGGCCAGAGUAGAUCGUACUGAGCGUCGGAGUGCGGAGCUUACAAACAAAUUAGAAGAGAAGAGGAUCACAUGCGCCUUCUGUGAAAGAAUGUUGGAGAAUGCAAAGAAUUAUGCAGUCACGGCAAAGGCUGAUAUAAACUCAUUUGCUACGACCGCAUGUUCAAAGUUACCACAGGGUCGCUAUACGGAACACUGCUAUCAAUUAGCAGAACAGAAAAUAGCUGAACUUGCUAAAUUUGUCGAUCAACAAGUCAUUGAAGCAUUGUGGUGUGCAGAGCUCAAUCAGUGCUGACCAUAUACCUGGAUCUCAAUUCUCUCGAAUCUCUAAUUCUGUCGUUGCCGCGUCAAAUAGCGAAUUCGUAUAACCUGAAGCGGAAAUAACCCACUCAAAUUUUUUGCGUUCCUCUGGCUUUAUUCCGCUUUUAAUCAAGUUCAUGUCGUUAUUUGUCUUAUUUAUGAUCACAUCAUGAUGACUUCUUGAAUUCUUACUUCUUCCGCCAUUCUUUCAACGAAUCAUGCAAAAGUAUGUGCAGAUCGGUUACAUAAGCCAAGAUGCAGUAAAUCUCGUAUAUUCCUAGGCAGAUGAGGCAACUUGGUGGAUUUGUAUUCGUCAAUGAUUGCGAAUGAUUUAUAUUAGAUCCUAGCAGUUAAACGCAACUCGCUAUGACCUCGUGCACGCCUUUGAGUCGUAUCUUUUGCGAUAGUCUCUACUCAUAGGCGUCAGCGCAGCGCCGCUCCAUUGACAUUUGCGCUGCCUACAAGUCAAAAAUACCACUUUUUGAUCAUUUUCAAACAUAAUAGUCUCUAUUAUUUAUUAAAGCUGCAUUGUUGAUCCUCACAUGUACCUCUAUGUCUUUCACUUAUCCAUUUUAUACCCAUUCUUUUCACAAGUCUGAAGUCGGACAAAAUUUGACGGGAUAUCCUCAUUCUCUUUAAGUUCAGCGUUUGUUGUUUUUGUAUGAAGUGCAAUUAUUGUAUUGUAAAUGAAUCAAUGUUGAUUUAUUUUGAUGUUCUAGUUUUUGUUUAGCCUUGUGAUUUUGUGAUUUCCCACUUUAAUAAAUCUAG